AUGAGAAAACGCGGGUCCCUCACAAAUGAAUACAUCCCACACUAUGUACCAAAAACAAUUCGAAGUGCUCCGGUAACUCCUUGCGACAGCGAAGCAUCGACAUGGUCAGAACGAGUCCGUAGCAAAACUAGCUACGGCUUCCCAACGGGGUAUGCUUCAACCAGCUACGGGGACUACGACGACUCAAGCUAUGAAUCUAACUUCAACAAAUCGGACUACGAUACACCUUCGUGCAGCAAAGCGAGCUACGAAGGGCCCUCUGGGUAUAAUAAAACAAACUAUGAGUCUUCAUAUGAGAAGUCAGGCUAUGACUCAUAUGAGAAAUCAGGUUAUGGAGAGUACAGAACGAGCUAUGAAGGAUCUACAGGGUACGAGAAGGGGAACGAAGAUUACAAGCAUAGCUACGAGUCAGAAGGUAUGUGGUGGUGGCGCCGGCCUCUCGGCGUCCGUCGCCCGUCGUGCCGGCAAUGCGGCGCUUCGUCGGCUACGCGGCCACUACGUAUGACACCGUGCGCUGGCGUGGCGCAGGCGCUGCCGCCACCGCCGAUGCCGCCGCUCGAGCCACACUCUCCGCACACCUCCGACCGCCACCGACUAAAGUCACGUGACCGCCCAUUGCUUUUCGUUAAGCAACUGUUUUUAUAG